GCUGGAGGGCAGAAAUUAUUAGGGGGCGCGGGACGAGAGGAGGGGGCUAGGGGAGCGAGCCGGCGGCGAGAGGGGCAAGCGAGUGUGCAAGGGCGGGAGGGGGAGGAGAGAGAGCCAGCGGCGGCCCGGCUCGCGCCGACUUGGGCCCAGCGGCGGGCGGACAGCAUGCUGAGCCUCCUCAUCCGGAUCCUCACUCUCUCCGACACUUUCUCGCAAGCAGGGCUUUAGGAAUGCCUCUGGAGAGCAACGGCACAUGUCUAAUGAGCUGCCAAUCAAGCCUGCUCCCCGAGAAGCCCAGGUUUCUGAGUCAGAAGAUGUGGGUGCCACACCUAGCCAUUGCUUAUCUUAUCUCUGUGACUUUGGCUUUGGCUGUACCUGGGACCCAGACCCGCUUCAGCCAGGAGCCAGCCGAUCAGACCGUGGUGGCCGGGCAGCGGGCCGUGCUCCCCUGUGUGCUCCUCAACUACUCUGGGAUUGUACAGUGGACCAAGGACGGGCUGGCUCUGGGCAUGGGCCAGGGCCUCAAAGCCUGGCCACGGUACCGGGUCGUGGGCUCUGCGGAUGCCGGGCAAUACAACUUGGAGAUCACAGAUGCCGAGCUCUCGGACGACGCUUCCUACGAGUGCCAGGCCACAGAGGCUGCCCUGCGCUCCCGACGGGCCAAACUCACCGUGCUCAUUCCUCCAGAGGACACGAGGAUUGAUGGGGGCCCCGUGAUUCUGCUGCAAGCAGGCACCCCCCACAACCUCACAUGCAGAGCCUUUAAUGCCAAGCCUGCUGCCACCAUCCUUUGGUUCCGGGACGGAACACAGCAGGAGGGAGCUGUGGCUAGCACGGAACUGCUGAAGGAUGGGAAAAGAGAGACUACAAUCAGCCAGCUGCUCAUUCACCCCACAGACCUAGACAUUGGUCGUGUCUUCACCUGCCGCAGCAUGAAUGAAGCCAUCCCCAAUGGGAGGGAGACAUCCAUUGAGCUGGAUGUACACCAUCCUCCUACAGUGACUCUGUCCAUUGAGCCUCAGACCGUGCAGGAGGGUGAGCGAGUCAUCUUCACGUGCCAGGCCACAGCCAACCCUGAGAUCUUGGGCUACAGGUGGGCCAAAGGGGGGUUCUUGAUUGAAGACGCCCACGAGAGUCGCUAUGAGACGAACGUUGAUUACUCCUUCUUCACGGAGCCUGUGUCUUGUGAGGUCCACAACAAAGUGGGAAGCACCAACGUCAGCACUUUAGUGAAUGUUCACUUUGCCCCCCGGAUUGUAGUUGACCCAAAGCCCACGACCACAGACAUUGGCUCUGAUGUGACCCUCACCUGUGUCUGGGUUGGGAAUCCCCCCCUCACCCUCACCUGGACCAAGAAGGACUCCAACAUGGGGCCCAGGCUUCCUGGCUCCCCACCCGAGGCUAAUCUCUCUGCCCAGGUCCUGAGUAACAGCAAUCAGCUGUUGCUGAAGUCAGUGACUCAGGCAGACGCUGGCACCUAUACCUGCCGGGCCAUCGUGCCUCGAAUCGGAGUGGCUGAGCGAGAGGUACCGCUGUAUGUAAAUGGACCCCCCAUUAUCUCCAGCGAGGCGGUGCAGUUUGCUGUGAGGGGUGAUGGUGGAAAGGUGGAGUGCUUCAUCGGGAGUACCCCACCUCCAGAUCGGAUUGCUUGGGCAUGGAAGGAGAACUUCCUGGAGGUGGGGACCCUGGAGCGGUACACUGUGGAGAGGACUAACUCAGGAAGUGGUGUGCUGUCCACACUCACCAUCAACAACGUCAUGGAGGCCGACUUCCAGACCCACUACAACUGCACUGCCUGGAACAGCUUCGGGCCAGGCACUGCCAUCAUCCAGCUGGAAGAGCGAGAAGUGUUACCUGUGGGCAUCAUUGCUGGGGCCACCAUUGGCGCAGGCAUCCUGGUCAUCUUCUUCUUUGUCGCCUUGGUGUUCUUCCUCUACCGCCGUCGCAAAGGCAGUCGAAAGGAUGUGACCUUGAGGAAGCUGGACAUCAAGGUGGAGACAGUGAAUCGGGAGCCGCUCACAAUGCAUUCUGACCGGGAGGAUGAUACCGCCAGCAUUUCCACAGCAACUCGGGUCAUGAAGGCCAUCUACUCGUCCUUUAAGGAUGAUGUGGAUCUGAAGCAGGACCUGCGCUGUGACACCAUUGAUACGCGGGAAGAGUAUGAGAUGAAGGAUCCCACCAACGGUUAUUACAAUGUGCGUGCCCACGAAGAUCGCCCCUCCUCCAGGGCGGUGCUAUAUGCUGACUACCGUGCCCCUGGCCCUACACGUUUUGAUGGCCGCCCAUCAUCUCGCCUCUCCCACUCCAGUGGCUAUGCCCAGCUCAACACGUACAGCCGGGCCCCUGCCUCUGACUAUGGCACAGAGCCCCCACCCUCUGGUCCUUCUGCUCCAGGUGGCACCGAUACAACCAGCCAGCUGUCCUACGAGAACUAUGAGAAGUUCAACUCCCACCCUUUCCCCGGGCCAGCCGGGUAUCCUACCUACCGUCUAGGCUACCCCCAGGCCCCACCAUCCGGCUUGGAGAGGACCCCCUAUGAGGCAUAUGACCCUAUUGGCAAGUAUGCCACGGCCACUCGAUUCUCCUACACCUCUCAGCACUCAGACUACGGCCAGCGAUUUCAGCAGCGCAUGCAGACUCAUGUGUAGAGGCUGGAGUCUGGCUGGGGUACCUCUGCGGGGCAGAGGAGAAGGCUUCCCAGCUCUUCCCUGACAUUCAGGGACAUUGCUCGCUGCUCCUUUCUUGGACCCAGCCUUCUUCCUCCUGCCGUCACAAAUAAGGAGCAGGUCUCCCAGUAACACCCCGUCCCAAGGAUGGUGCUCUGGGCAUGCCCCACUCUCCUAGGCCUGCUGAGCCCUUCCUCGGGAGGAUGUCUCUACUGACGUCUGUUCAUACCUGACCCACGCAUGGGCACAGGGCAGUGGAGGCUGGGGUGGGGGGGCCAGAGGGCAAAGGAGGAAAGAGCACAUAUUACCAUUUCCUUUCUGUCCUGCUCCUCUGAUCUCCCGUAAGCGGGCAUGGAGAUAUGCUGAGGUGGGUGGGCGUUGGCCUAGGCAGCUCUAGUCCAGGCAGCCGGAAUGCGGGACAGCCCACCAGUCCCUUUCUUGAUUUCUUUCAUACCUUGUGUUCAUCUUUCCCAUCUCAGGGGAUUACAGAUGGGACAAUGAGUUCAAAUCCAGCUGGGGUCAAAAUGCCAGUCAUCGUGGCUACUUACUGUGGCUAUCUGAGUGCCGAGGGUUCCAGAAAUCCCUGGUAACAUGGCUCCCUUUUCUCUCAACUUUGUGCUGGACCGGUCAGAUGGAUGUGAACAAAGAAUGGUCAGGACCGUGUCCCGGUUGACUAGCCAGGGACCACUGUGUACUACUUGGCAGUUCCCAGAGCCAACAGUAGUGGGACCCUCACCAGCUUCCUUCUUUCAUGUUAUUGCCCCACUUCUUGGUAUUAACUCUUGAGCCUUGGAGAAUAGGGUAGGGCAGAGGUGUCACGGAGCUAUGUUUUUCAAAGACAAUAAAAAACUCAUUUGGAAAGCAAUGCUCUAGGGGUUUUCCCCACUAUAUACAAGUCCCCAUGGAAAGGAAAGGGACACCUGUCCUCCACCAGGCUCCUAACACCUUGCAUUAUUCUGAGUCUCCAAGCACUUUGAAUCUAUUACAUCCAUCCAAAUGGUGAGACCUGCCUACUGCUGGAUUCUGAUAGAGUUAAGCAGUCCUGAACCUCAGACACUACGAUCCUGCCCUGGGACUCACCCUAGUUAUAGCUCCCUUUGCAGGUGACAUGGUAAAUGCUUUAUCCAGACAAAGUUUGGUUUUGUCUCCUCCUUAACCCACCCCCAGGCCAAUCAAAUUUCUUCUUCCAUUUUCAGUGCCUUGAGUGUCAGGUUUGUGAUGCUGUCCCUGUGUGGGGAGCAGGAGCUUGUGAGCUCCAGGUUGUACUAUGUUAGCGUCAAGGACAGACAAAUGAGGGGAUGUGAAGGGAAGGGACCUGGACAUGGCUCCAAAGGGAAAUUCUUCCUGACCUAGACGGAGCCCCCAGUGCAGAAGAACACUUCAGGCGUUGUAUUCCAUGGCCUAUGUUGUCUCUUCCCACACAGCACACACAUGACCACACACAUACAUUCCACUCCACUUCUCAUCUACCACCUUCUGACCAAAGAGAAUCUGUAACUCAUGUUUCAGCCUCACUUUCCCAAGAAACUUCUGCCCAUCUGGAGUCAACUGUCCACCUCCCCACUGAGGCCUACAUGAUGGGAGGGAGUACUCCCAGAGUACCCCUUGCCUUUUCUCAUUGGUCACCAUUCAUUAGUCAUGUUUACUCUCAUGACUUACAUGCUCAUCAGCCACGGUCUAUCACUAACCUUAUAGAUGGGCCUGUGGGGUGACAUUCUCAGCCAUCUCCUUUCUGAUGAGGACUGGGUACCGGGAAUCAAGGAGCUCCAUUUCCAGCCUGGCAGACAGCCUUUGCUUCCUCUUGUACUCCAGUCACUGCGUCUGCACAGAGUGGGCCUUCCCUGUAUCAUUGACAGGCUCAUAGCUGGAUUCCAGUUCAGAGGACUCACACUUGCAGAGACCUUUCAUGAGAACUCAGUGAGGCAGUGUGUGUACGUAUAGUGCAGGUUCUUGUGAAUAUGAAUUCAUGUAAGUUUUUCAUUUUCAUUGACACCUGAAGCCAUGGGUGAUCCAAACACUUCCAAGUCUAACUAGAGUGGCAUUUUAAACAUCAAUAGUCUCUAAAAUAAUCAUUUUGUUUGGGGUUUGGCUUGAUUCUCUUAUUUCUCUCUGAUUUAAGCAGUAGGUCCCUCCCAUGGAAACAAGAGUAUCACUAAGGUCAAGCCCUGCAGGAAUUUGUGGUUAUCAAGCACCAUGCAAGGCACAGGAAGCAGCAACUGAGACAGACUGGUCUCCGGCCACUCAGAUUCUGCAAUCAGAAUCAGAGUUCCGCCCUGCUGAAUGACCAGUGGAAUUGUGUGUCUGGGGAAUUGAAGGUCCCCUAAUAAUGGGGCUCUUGCAUCUGAAGCUAGUUGGUACCAGCAUGUUGGUGCCCUGUUACUUAAUGAUUCUAAGCACCCCAAGUGUUAUUGCUUUAGUUGAAAGAAUAAGGAACCAGGAGUCAAGAGAUCCAUGACCCUGUUCUGCAGCUGCCAUUUGCUGAAUAACCAUGAUCUGACCUCUGUUUUCAUUGCCUCCAAUUUUCUGGUCUUUACCUACAACUAUUCUGUCUUGGCUGUGUUCAUCUGGGGAGGCCAAAGUCAGGAUUGCCCAUCUCUCAAAAGAACCCAGAAACAGUAAGCAAUCAAGGUGAGGGUUAGGGCAGGGGAGGCCUGCCUGUACCACAAACUUCUUAAUCUUGUCCAUCACCCUAACCAUGAGAGAAAUGAAGCAAUCUGUUGUUCUUCUCUUAGGUUCAACAGGUUGUUGUGAUCAUGGUAGGGCUCGGUUUCCUUUACUGUGGAUGCAGACUGGGGGAGAUAGGGAAGCUGCCUUCCUCUAGGUCUUCGGGGACAGUCAUCUGGCCCAAAGGCGGCUCUCCCUGUUUACCAAGCAAGGUGAAGCCUAUGGAAGCUGGUGCAGGAAGAAGGGGUUAGCGGUUUUAACAUAAACUCUGCAUAUGCAAAAAGUCCUUGUGGCUCCGGAUAGGCCUUGCUCUUUGUAGAGAGCCCAGCCUGCUUGCUGAGUCCUGGUUCUCUCAAAGUCUAACCACAGAAUAUACACAAAGCAAAAUCUAUUAUGAGAGAAAGGAGCCAGGAAUGGGGGCAAUGCUCAGCUCCCACGGUUCUGGUGAUAGGCUUUCCUCACGCUGGCAGCUGCUUCCCUCUCUCUGUUGACAGGAACUCCUGCCCUGUGGGAUGGGGCACACUGACCUGUGUCUUGCCCCUUGUGCUCUGUCAACAUGUGGGUGCUCUGGCAGGAGCCACAGCUCCUGGGCCAGUUAAGACGGGAUUGGGUGACCCUGUAUACUUGGCCCACUCCAUAGCAAUGUGAGGCAGUUGGGAUUUAUAGAAACUCGUGGUAAAUCCUGUGUGGACAUGUGGAGUCCGCUGGCUCAGUCACUGCCUCAUCCUGCUGUGUGAGCAGUUCUGUCCCUGUGGGUGAAGCACAUGACCUCCCAAGGCCACUGCAGCCUCAAAAACCCUGGUUUUCCUACUAGUUCACUUCUGUGCAAUCUGAGCCCAGGCAUGCUCUACACCUAUAGGGCCUAGUGCCUAGCUGAUAAUAGAACGCCGAGGUACACAGACCUUAAGACUCCAUUGGUGAGGCAUUAACUGUUGUGAAAGGACUAUUAAAUUGUCACCUAAACAGAACAUCCCCUUCCCCCUGCAUCCUUCCCACCUCCCAUGGUAUUUUUCCUUUUCUCCUAAAAGCAAUGCUUUCCGGCCAGUGCUGGCUAACCCUUGCCGGCUUGCCACUGACACCAGCCAUGGUUCAGUGGAGAGGACUGAGGGCCGUGGCUUGGCAGAGUACAGACUUGAGAGGAGGGUGCAGCAUUUAGUUUUCCUGCAUCACUGUGAGGGAACCCCAGGGCCCUUUCCCAGAGGAAAACAAUUGUUGCACAGAAGACAGAGGCCAUACUGGGAACUUCUGGUGCAAGCCUACUCUUAAUAGCAGUAAUAAUUUUGUGUGCAUAGACCACCACUUACCAGUCUCGGUAGCCCAUCUUCGCUGCUUGCUGCCCCCAACCACUGGCCUUUGCAAACUGGUGGCCAGGUUCUUCUGUUGCUUUCAGGAGCUGUCUACAGCCCCUGGGAAUGCCAGCUCUCUGGGGAGAGAGCAUUCAAUUUGCUGAUACCACAAAAGCAGGCUCCUUAGCAAAAGUGACCUACAAGGCCAUGCUGCCACUUGUAACAGGGCACCCAGGGCUCUUGGGGUCAGACUGUCUACCCCCGCCGUCCCUGGGAUUGCAAUCCCCAUUUCUGAUGCCAGUUAAAUUAUCUCUACCAAAAUCCUCAUCAUAAAUGGAUCCAUGAUGACAACUAAGAGAAAAAAAAAGUAUUUUUGUUAGGACAAACCAUCAUAGAUUUUUAGCAAUGUGUAUCUGUGUGUCCUUUACACCUUUUCCUAUUCUGACAUUUUUUUCCUUUUUUUUAAAAAAAAAAUAUUGUGUACUAUAUUUUUAGCCUCAAACACACUAUAUAUUAUAUAUUUAAUUUUAUAUAUAUAAAUAUAAAUGUUUUAAAAAGUA